UACAAUUUUUAUUUUCUUUUGGGCUAUUACUAUUUUCAUUAUUUGAAAUAGAGCAGCACAGUCCAUAGAAAUGGCAGGUGACUGUUUGCUUUUAAGUUUGCCUAUGAAAUAUUUCAGGAGAAUUUGACAGGUCCACCAACUGUUCAUCAACAUGUCAACGUUCCUUCAUCUUAAAGGCAGGCAUUUCUGUUGUUUCGUUUCUAUGGGAAGGAACUUGAACUAAAUUUCUCUGUUCAUGGGCCACAGAGGUUUGAUGAGCUAUGAGCAGCAACUACAUUUUGCUUCCAGAAAGAUGAAAUAUGGUGAUUAGUAACUUUCACAAGUUCACAAAAUGAAUCUGUGAGUUGGUGGUGCAGAGGCCAGGGUUCCUUUGAGACGACAGAUAUGCGAAGACUGAAUACUAGGUUGAUUAAUGAGAAGUAUACCUGAAAUUUAUAAAACAUAAUUGAGGGGUCUUCGAAGUAUUUAUUUUUGAGUCUUGGAGGUAUAAUAUUGUUAAGGACCUGUAAGAUUUCGUGUGGCUAAUUAUAUUUCCUGAUACUAUUCUUAGAGCAUAAACAGGCACAGAGAAUGUUGGGGGUAUGAGCAACGAACCAGUCCUCGUGGCGGUAUCUCACAAUGCGUAUAUAUAACCAAGUUUGAAUAUUCAAUUCUCUCCCACUCUCAUCGUCGUUCGUUCAAAGGCUGAGACUCUCGAUCCGAUCUCAACGUUAUCAGUUUCCGAGAAAAUCCUCACUUUCUCUCCCGACACAUCUAUAGGUCACUCAGAAAAGAGAGAUUUUGAAUUUCAGAAAUGGCGUCCUUCGACUCAUUUGGUAACGACGGAGACGAUCACCCACAUCAAUCGCCGCCGGUGCAACCCUUCGACGAUGAUGGCUAUUCGGGCCUCGACCCGGGCCUCUCUUCUCAGCGUUACGAAUCCACAUAUGCUGCUUCUGACGUCUUCAGCGAACCCCCACCUGCGAGCGAGUAUGGCCCUUCCUCCGACCUCCACGGCCACCUCAGCAUGGAUGAUGUCAACUAUGGUGAGAACGUACAUUCUGCAGAUGCAGGCGGAUUCGGGAUUUCGACGCCCAACCAGGAUUAUGCGUCGCCGUUUGAACCGUCCGGGCUUGAGACGAAUGGUCGUGGAAAUGCAUACGAAAAUGGCAGCGAUAAAAUCUUCACUUCCGAUGGUCCUUUACUUCCAGACCCGAGCCAAAUGCAGGACGAAGGUUUUGCAAGACGCGAAUGGCGACGACAAAAUGCAAUACAUCUUGAGGAAAAGGAGAAAAGAGAAAAAGAAAUGCGGAAUCAGAUUAUUAAAGAAGCUGAGGAAUAUAAGCAAUCUUUCUAUGAGAAGAGGAGACUCAAUUGUGAGACAAACAAAGCCAACAACAGGGAAAAAGAGAAGGUAGAAUUAGUAAAGUUGAUUCCCGAUUCCCUCUUCUGCACUGCUUUAUCUGUGCAGUUAUACUUGGCUAACCAAGAGAAAUUUCACAAAGAAGCUCACAAACAUUACUGGAAAGCAAUAGCAGAAAUCAUUCCUCGUGAGGUCCCCAAUAUUGAGAAGAGAAGAGGUAAAAAAGAAUCUGAGAGCAAUAAGCCUUCCGUUGUCGUGAUUCAGGGUCCAAAGCCUGGGAAACCUACUGAUCUUUCAAGAAUGCGCCAAAUGAUUUCCAAGCUUAAACAGAACCCUCCUCCUCACAUGAUGCCACCCAAAGAAGGCAAGGAUGGUAAAGAUGCAAAAGAUGCCAAAGAAGGUAAGGAUGAUAAAGCAGUCAAAGAUGGGAAUGAUAAAAAAGAAGCAAAGCAAGGUAAAAGCUCUACGCCAACUGCAUCUGGGGCUGCUGUAGAAACUAAACCUGCUUCUCCCGCCAAAGGUGGGGCUGCUAAUGGUGCCACUAAUGUGCUUAAACCAGAUGUUGCUGCUGUAGUUGAGGGUGAGCAAACCAUCGUGGGUUCUGAACCAGAAGCUGCUCAGUGACGAAGCAACUAUAUUUUUGUUAGUAAUUCUUGUUUUUAACAAGCACAUAUAUAUAUACUUUCUAAUUUUCUAAAUUCCGUGCUGAUGUUAAUGGAGAAUAAGCAGAUAGCCAUUUGCAUAUUCUUCAGGCUUUGCAGCAUGGCCUGCAAAGCUUAAUUCCAAUCUGUGGUCGGAGAUUCAUAGGCUUUAGACGCAAUUUUGUUUUCGCUGUCUUUUUUCUUUGACAUUUAUAAUCAAAGCGAUCUUUCUCUUCACUUUC